UUUUUCUUUCCCCUUUGUUCAUUUUUCUUUAUCGCUCAAUUCAAUUGGGAUCUCUUGCAUUCUCUCUCUCUCUGGUGUCUGAAUUCAGGUCUUGAUCUUCUCUCCACUGGGGUUCCCUCCGUUUCUUGAGCCCCUUUUUUCUUUUCCGGGCCUUUGCCAAUUCUCAAUGGAGGUUCCAGAAAUGGAAGGCAAGACUGAAAGUCAUAUGACAUCAGCAGCAGCCUUUGUGGAAGGGGGGGUUCAAGAAGCUUGUGAUGAUGCUUGCAGCAUAUGCCUUGAGGAUUUUUGCAAAAGUGAUCCUGCCACUGUCACUAAUUGCAAGCAUGAGUUCCACCUGCAGUGCAUUCUUGAAUGGUGUCAGAGAAGCUCCCAGUGUCCUAUGUGUUGGCAACCUAUCAGCUUGAGGGAUGCUACCAGUCAAGAGCUGCUUGAGGCAGUAGAGCUGGAGAGGAGCUUGAGAGAUACUCCAUCAAGAAAUGCUGCGAUUUUUCAUCAUCCAACACUUGGUGAUUUUGAAUUGCAGCAUUUACCCAUGGGUGUGAAUGAGGCCGAUAUUGAAGAGCGAAUAAUUCAACAUUUAACUGCUGCAGCCGCAAUGAGGAGAUCUCAUCACCUCAGCCGGAGGGAAGGCCAUCGAACUAGGCCAUCUGCUCAUGGCCGUCCACACUUCUUAGUAUACUCAACUCAGCCUAGUGCACCACCAUCAGCUGCAGGAGGGGGAAGUGAACCAGCUGCAAUUCCUGUAGGAAGUCCAUCUACCCCACUUACAUUUGAUGGAAAUGAGCAAUCAUCACUACAGCAGAUCCCCCAUGUUCAAACUCAGAGUUCUUCUUUAACUUCUGCCUCUACUGUCUCAACAACAAAUCUUCAAGGAGUUCACUCUGAUGAUAGAAGUUUUGCCUCUCAUUCUUUUCCUGCAAGCCAAGACAGAGCACAGCCAUCAGAACAAUCAUUCUCUGAUUCUCUGCGCUCCAGAUUUAAUGCAGUAUCCAUGAGAUACAAAGAUUCAAUUUCGAAGGGCACAAGGGGAUGGAAGGAGAGGCUCUUCUCUCCCAAUUCUUCUAUGUCAGAACUUGGUUCAGAAGUUAGGAGAGAAUUGAAUGCUAAAAUUGCUAGCGUGUCCCGAUUGAUGGAGCGCCUUGAAACAAGAGAAAAUAAUAGUGCUGCAGGAACUUCUUUAUCAAAUCAUUUGGUGAACCGUUCCAUUGCAGAGACAAGCAACCAAAGCAAUGUGGAAGCUCGUGGAGAGAACUCUUUGCAUGGCAAUAAUACUCCAACUACUUUUUCUGCAAGCUCAGAUUCAAAAUGAUCUCUAGUUUGCUUCUGUGAAGGCAUCUUUGCUCAACGUAUCAUGUUUGAAGGCUAACUGUUUGCUCAGACAUGACAUGAUGAGGAAUAUAUGCUCAUGGCAGUUGUUGGAUUUCAAUUAAAAAAGUAGAAUCUGACACCCGUGUGUAGAGCUAAAAACUUUUUCUUUUGUGUAUAUAUUAUAUAUGCGGGGAACUGUAGGGAGAAAGUAUUUAAGGAGUAAUCCAAGGGAGAAAGUGUUCUGAAAUUCCAUCAGACUUGUGUCCACAAUCUGUCCCUGUGAUUUACUUUUUGGAGUCAAUGGAAAUAUAGAUCAAGGUGGCAACUGUAGUUCUUGGUGUUUCUAAGCUAAAACUUCAAGCUUGAUUAGGCUAAAACUUUGUUUUGAAAUUCA